AUGGCGUCAUCCGCUGCACCUGCACCUGCCCAUAGCUUUGAGUUUGAUCAUGAUGUUGAUGAUGAUUCAGAUCCUGUUUUUCCACCUGGCUUCGAUCCCGAUCAUGACAUUGAGUUUAUUCAUUUAGAUAAGCCCAUGGAGGAUCCCGUAGCCUCUGUCGAUCCCUUGUUUGUUGAUCCAGUUGACUUUGACAUGGAGUUUGUUGAUCCGGAGCCUGCUGCAGCCCCUGAGCCAGUUAUUGCUCCUGACCCCGCGUUAGAGCAUGACCCUGAUCAUGCCGAUGCACCUGAUGUUGCUCCUUUGGUUGAUGAUGUACCUGUUGAUGAUCAUCCUGUUGUUGUUCCACAGUUGGUGGAUGAUCAUGUUGCGAUUGAUGCUCAUGCUGAUGCUCCACUUUUGUUAGAGGAUCAUGUUGUCGCACCAGCUCUCGCACCACCCGUUGCGGACCUACCUAUUGUCGCAUCACAUCCUGAUCCUAUGCCAGUGAUGUUAGACCAUGCACCUUUUGCGACCCAUAUUGAUCCACGAUACGCUCACACCCACAAUGGGUGGAUAGACGAUGACGCUGAUUUCCCACCUUUUGUGGUACCUGUUACACCCCCCGUAGCCCCCGUUGCAGCCCCUGUUUCGGUUCCCAUGGAUGCACCUUUGUUUCCCACAUUUACCGCUGAUGCUCACCGCACCGACUUACCUAUCACGUUUCUUCAGGACAUACCUCCACCACGUCCUGGAGAGGGUUCGUCUUAA